ACGGUUGGCCUGUGAAUAGGUAUUGGUUUCUUUUAGGGAAAGAUUACCUUUACACCUCGAACUCUUGUGCGAUUCCCCAAUCCCUAAUUCCCUUUCGAUAUCGGACUCGUCUCUUAAUCGUCCUCGAUCGAUGAACGAUUUCUGGUGAGUGGACACGCUUUCGUUUGUUUCAUCGGUUCUCGAUGGUUGGGUGCAACAAUCUCUACCCUGUAAUCGAGGUCGAAGAACCGAUGUCGUCCCGCACAACCUUGAUGUCCAUGGAGGCGAUCGAUCCUGGGCUCUCUGAUGUUGCUAAGCCAGGACCGGAGGUUACCCCUUCAUCCCCCGAGAUACCUGACCGAAUGGAGGGCAGCCACAACAAUAGCUCUUCAUCCAAGACUGAAAAACCAUACAUUUCAGAAAUGGUUCAGGAUCCUGCAGCACAAAAAUCAGGCAAAUAUUUCUAUUAUGAUUCUCCACUUUAUGAAGAAAGCGGCUACUGGAUACCUGUCUCUGUUCCUCCCAUGCUAGAAGGUGACCAUGAUGAAUGGAGCAAGGGACUCCAUUCCGAUGGUGGGUACUUCCCUGAGGGAGAAUUCAGUUGGGACCAGUUUUCUGGAGAAGAUAAGGAGAUGACCAUGUGGGAUGUGGUUUCUGAGAUGCUUAUUGUGGCCCGUGGCAAAGUGAGCGUCCUUACUUCAGGUGAACUAAGGAGUUGCAGGGUGUCUUGCAUAUCAGAUCUCUUACAAGAAACUUGGAAAGAGAUGGCUAAUACACUUGCGGAGGCUAACUUUGGGCAAAGCAACGAAAUUCUUGAAACAAAGCCACCAAAGUGGUUGUCUGACAGUGCUGCAGCUGCUUGCAUGUUGUGCAACAUUCACUUUCAUCCAAUCAUGUGUUCACGGCAUCAUUGCCGGUUUUGUGGUGGGAUAUUUUGCAAUGAUUGCUCCAAAGGAAGAAGCUUGUUGCCUCCAAAGUUCAGAAUUUCAGACCCCCAACGGGUUUGUGAUGUUUGUUGUGUCCGUUUGGAGCCGAUUCAGCCUUACUUAAUGGAUCAGGUUAGUCAUGCUUCACAGCUUCCAACACAUGAUUUGACAGACCUCAGCACCCUGCGGUCAUGGUUGAACUUCCCAUGGGGACGGACUAUGGAGUAUGAGAUUUACAAGGCAGCAAAUAUAAUUCAUGGUUACAAUAAGGUGGGUUCACUGAAACCUGAGAAGUCCAUUCCUGAUGCUAUUCUGAAAGAAGCAAGGGGCCUUGCAAUACUGACUGUUGUUAAUGUUGGAUUAAUGGUUACUUAUAAAGUUGGGACUGGUCUUGUUGUUGCUCGUAGAGAGGAUGGUUCUUGGUCUCCACCCUCUGCCAUCUCUUCAUUUGGUUGUGGAUGGGGGGCCCAGGCUGGAGGCGAGCUAACUGACUAUGUAAUUGUUUUGAGGAACAAAGAUGCUGUCAGAAUUUUUAGUGGCAGUGCACAUUUAUCAGUUGGUGCUGGAUUGAGUGCAGCUGCAGGAAUUGUCGGACGGACAGCUGAGGCUGAUCUACGUGCAGGUGAUGGCGGUCAUGCUGCCUGUUAUACAUAUAGCUGUAGUAAAGGUGCUUUCGUCGGUUGUGCACUCAAUGGUAGCAUGGUUACGACUCGUACCUCAGAGAACUUGCGUUUCUAUGGUGCUCCUGUCAAGGCAUCAGACAUACUUCUGGGGUCGAUGCCAAUGCCACCUGCAGCAGCCGUUCUCUACCGUGCUCUUUCGGAUCUAUUCCUUAAGCUGGAAAAUUAGUUGGCCCCGAUAAGAUUUCGUGACCCCAUUGUUCAUUCUGGCUGUUUAUCCUCCAUUCUUUCGCUGUGUGUACAGAAUUUGGCGGUUGAUAUGUAUAACAUUAAACAUCAUCCAACAAAUUGAAAGCAACUUUAGUUAUAAAUACUCAUAUGUUCUCAUUAUUGUCAAUGCAUUCUUAUUUGCCCAA